AUGCACCCGCCCGAGCUCCAGUUCGCGCAGCGGCUGGCGUCCCGCGAGAGGGGCGUCCGGGAGCGCGCGGCGCGGAGGCUGCGCCAGUACAUCAGCGCCAAGACGCGGCGGGAGGCAGGAGGUUUCAGUCAAGAAGAACUUCUAAAAAUAUGGAAAGGACUUUUCUAUUGCAUGUGGGUGCAGGAUGAACCCCUUCUCCAGGAGGAGCUGGCAGUCACCAUCUCCCACCUCGUCCACGUUGUCAACAAUUUGGAGGCUCAGCACCUGUUCCUGCAGACCUUCUGGCAGACCCUGAACCGUGAGUGGGCAGGGAUCGACAGGCCACGCCUGGACAAGUACCACAUGCUGAUCCGCCUGGUGCUGAGGCAGUCCCUGGAAGUCCUGAAGCGAAACGGCUGGGAAGAAAGCCGAAUCCAGCUCUUCCUGGACAUCCUGACGACGGAGGUCCUGCGCCCCGAGAGCCGAUCUCCUAACGGGGUGAAAUUUCACUUCAUUGACAUUUACCUGGAUGAACUAUCCAAAGUGGGAGGGAAGGAGCUCUUGGCAGAUCAGAACCUCAAGUUCAUUGAUCCAUUCUGCAAAAUUGCUGCCAAGACCAAGGACCACACCCUGGUGCAGACCAUCGCACGGGCUGUGUUUGAGGCCAUCGUCCAUCAGUCUCCAUUGGCACCAGAAGAGGCCAUGGAGGGACAGAGCGCGCAGGUGGGUGACGGCGGCCCCUUGGCGGAAGAGCCACCUGCAGGCGAGGCGGUAUGGAGUGAGGCGGCCAGUGCACCGGGGGCAGCUCUGAGCGAAUGUCACUCCAGGAGAGACGGGGUGCGUGACGGGAAUGCGAGCGACACCAGCCACGCAGAGGACGGGGGACCCCUCCUGCAGUUUGACUACAAGGCUGUGGCCGACCGACUCCUGGAGAUGACCAACAGGAAAAACACCCCUCCCUUCAACAGGAAGCGACUCUCCAGACUUGUCAAAAAGUUCCAAGGCCUCUCCGAAGGUGAGGAAGGUCGGGGUGACCGUUGGAGAUGCUCUCGUGAGGGCCGCGUAGCUCAGCUCAGCCUCGCCGAGCAGGAUGGCCCGUCCCCCGGCCAAGGGAGGCACAAGAGGAAAGGAAACAAGCUGGGCCAGAGCAGCGACAUGGAGAGCCAGAGAGGAGACUCGCUUCUCGCCGAGGAAGAGGGGAGUGAGGGCAGCGUGCAGACACGGAGGAGGAAAAGGCGGAAGAGGAGCCACGUCCAGCCCGAGCACUCAAGGUCUGGGGGUGAGGCCAUAUCCCCCGAACCACACCAGGGCGACGAGCCUGAGGGGGCUCCAGAAAGAGCCCAGAAGACGAGUGCGCUGGAGCUAGGGGUGGCCGCCCAGCCCGGCCCAGAGCAGCCCCCGAAGCCCAGGAGGAAGCGGCCCAGGAAGAAGGGUCUGCGGGGCCAGGGGCCAGGCCUGGAGCGCAUGGCGGUGGCUCCCCCGCCGGACUUGUCUCCAGGGAGCCCCAGCAGUGGCCUCUCUCAAGAGCCUGCCGCGCCAGGCUCCCCAACCACUGGAGCCCACAUCCCCAAAAGGCCGUGCAAACUGGGGGUUCUCCCGGCCAACAGCAGCAGCCUGCCCACGCUGGCCUGGCCCCUGACCCAGAAGGAAGAGCCUCCAGUGAGCCGGGUGGAGGGCGGGGAUUGCCCGCGCCACCGGCCACAGGGCGGGAGGCUGAAGAAAAGGAAGGGGCAGCCCAGCACCCUUGACCUCUGUGACCCGGCCGGUCCGAAAAAUGCCAUCUUGAAAAAGAGGAAGAAGAUGAAAGAGAUGUCGAACUUGGUGGCCCACGGCGGCCUGCUGAGGCCCGAAGCACAGCUCCUCCGGGCUCUGGGGAACCGCGGGGCGCUCGGCCCUCUGAAGAAGCAGCAGCUGAGGACAGAAAACGACUUUGUGCGGUUUGAUACCCCCUUCCUGCCCAAGGCCCUGUUCUUCCGAAGGGCCAAGGGUGCCACCGCCUGUCCCCUCAGCCCUGCCGUGCAGCUCAAGGCCCCACCCAGCUCUAAGAAGGUCACCUUCGGGCUGAGCAGAAACAUGACUGCAGAGUUCAAGAAGACAGACAAGAGCAUCUUGGUCAGCCCCACGGGCCUCUCGCGGGUGGCCUUCAACCCAGAGCAGCGGCCCCUCCACGGAGUGCUCAAGGCCCCCGCCAGCUCACCUGGCAGCACACCCCUGGGGCCCAGGAAGCUGCUGACCACCACCCCACAGAGAAGGCCCACGGCCAUGGACUUCUUCUAGCGCGUCGGUCCCUUAGAAGAUGGCUUUUGUACAGGAGAUUUUAUAAAUUAUAACUUUAAAAGAUGCGGGUUUUUUAAUGGUUUUGUAAAAACUCCCAUAAAACGUAUGUGCAAGGUUCUACGUGUGCUGCUGCUC